AUGGGGGCAGAAAGUCAAAGGGGCAAACCGAGCGGAUGGUCGUGGGUCGAGGCGUGUGCCAAGGCUGGAGUUGGAACAGCCAACAAAUUCCCUGCUGAUGAGCUCUCCUGCCAGGAGUUGGUUGCACUGGGCUUAUUGGUGAGCACGGAUCUUAAUUGGUGUGCACGUGGUCUUGUGGGUGCACGUGACAUAAUUGAUGAGCACGUGACUAGUUUGUCACGUGGUCUUAGUUUGUGUGCAAAUGUCUUAGUUGGUGUGCACGUGAUCUUAGUUGGUGUGCACGUGAUCUUAGUUGGUGUGCACGUGAUCUUAGUUGGUGUGCACGUGGUCUUAGUUGGUGUGCACGUGAUCUUAGUUGGUGUGCACGUGAUGGUUGUGGAGAGGAGGGCUGUGGAGAGGAGGGUUGUGAAGAGGAGGGUUGUGGAGAGGAGGGUUGUGGAGAGGAGGGUAGUGGAGAGGAGGGUUGUGGAGAGGAGGGUUGAGGAGAGGAAGGUUGUGGAGUGGAGGGUUGUGGAGAGGAGGGUUGUGGAGAGGAGGGUUGUGGAGAGGAGGGUUGUGGAGAGGAAGGUUAUGGAGAGGAAGGUUAUGGAGAGGAGGGUUGUGGAAAGGAUGGUUGUGGAGAGUAGGGUUGUCGAAGGGAGGGUUGUGGAGAGGAGGCUUGUGGAGUGGAGGGUUGUGGAAAGGAGGGUUGUGGAGAUGAGGGUUGUGGGGAGGAGAGAUGUAGAGAGACGUGAUGUGGAGAGGAGGGUUGUGGAUAGAAGGGGUGUGGAGAGGAGGGUUGUGGAGAGGAGGGUUGUGGAGUGGAGGGUUGUGGAGAGGAAGGUUGUGGAGAGAAGGGUUGUAGAGAGAAGGGAUGUGGAGAGGAGGGUUGUGGAGAGGAGGGUUGUGGAGAGGAGGGUUGUGGAGAGGAAGAUUGUGGAGAGAAGAGUUGUGGAAGGGAAAGUUGUGGAGAGGAGGGUUGUGGAGUGGAGGGUUGUGGCGAUGAUGGUUGUGGAGUGGAGGGUUGUGGAGUGCAGAGUUGUGGAGAGGAUGGUUGUUGAGUGGAGGGUUGUGGAGAGUAGGGUUGUCGAAGAGAGGGUUGUGGAGAGGAGUUUGUGGAGUGGAGGUUGUGGAAAGGAAGGUUGUGGAGAUGAGGGUUGUGGGGAGGAGAGAUGUAGAGAGACGUGA